GAUGUGUGUGGAAAAUGAGCUGAGGAGAAUGAAAAGAAGACUUUUGUUUGCUUGAGCCCACAUGAGAACUCCAGGGUAACUGAAUAGUCUUUGGUUGGUUUGACAGACAAUGCUAUGAACCAGCAGACUCAUUCUCACAUACCAGAGGCAGGGGCUUUCAGGGGGUAUCCAAACCACUGUAACAGAAGGCACCAAUGCAUCUACAGCCUCUUCACAGACUCUACUUUUGCUUGUUGACAAAUAGAAGGAAAGGUCUUGAAAUUUUAGAAAUUCCCUUAUAAGAUAUAUGCAUUUUAUUGUUUGAACAGCACUGAAGAUCUGGAAAUUCUUUGAAAGGACUAAGUACUUAACCCUGUAAACUACACAGAAGAAAGGGGGAAUAUGUUUAAUAUGCAUUUGUAAAUGGAUGGAUGUAGGCCUGUCUAUGGAGUAAGAAACAGCCAUGCACCAUCUGUUCCAGCUGGUUUUGGAACAGAAAGAUCUAUCUAGAGCUGGGGAUUUAUUCUCCUUAGAUAAUUUUGAAAUUGAAGGAAGCCUGUCAGAAGCUCUGAAUAAAAUAAAGCUAAUAUCGACUUCUCCGGAUUACCAAAGUAAUGACAACGAUCAAGCAGUUAUAGAGAUUUGUAUCACGCGUAUUACAACAGCGAUUAGAGAGACAGAUUCCAUUGAGAAGCAUGGGAAAGCUCUGGUGUCACUGUGGGAGUCAUGUCUGGAGCAUAAUCUAAAGCCAGCCACGAAAGAUGAAGAUACUCCUCAUGCAAAGAUUGCAUCGGACAUAAUGAGCUGCAUACUACAAAAUUAUAACAGACCCUCAAUUAUGUCACUUGCUGUCCCAGUUGCAAUAAGAUUCCUUCAGAGAGGGAACAAGGAACUCUGCAGAAAUAUGUCAAGUUACAUUUCCCUUGUAGCUAUCGCCAAAGCAGAUCUACUGGCCGAUCACACGGAGACCAUCAUAAAAAGCAUCCUUCAAGGUAAUAGCAUGCUUCUCCGUGUACUUCCAUCAGUUUAUGAGAUGCAGCCUCAGCCGAUACAUAAGUUCCUGAAAGACCUAGUUUCACAGAUGUCUUAUUUAGAAGAAGGAGAACAGCAUCAUAUGCUAAGGCUGUUGCAAGCAAUAGCAAAGGCUAAGCAACCAGAGGUUCUUUCAGAAACUGUGCCUGUCCUUACAGAAUAUCUAUCCGAUCCAAGUUACAGUGAAAUUGUUGUUAACAUAUUAUUAGACAUUUCAUCAUAUGAACCACUGACCCUGGCUGGAUCUCUUUCUGCGUUAAAAGGAAUUGGUGAACAUUUCCCAUGUCUUAUUGGACAGAUAGCUAAGAUUUAUGGAGCAGUGGGACGUGUGGAUGAGGAGAUGGCAAGGACAUGUUUGACAUAUCUGGUCAAUCAGUUGAAUAACAUGGAACAUUCAUUUCAUCACAUUCUUCUUAUGGAGAUCAGGAACAUUACAAGUGUAUUUAAUGAAAUUCUUGGCAUCCAAGGCAGAGACAUGUACAGAAUGAGUAACAGCCUGACAGCAAUAGCCAAGAUUUUGAAUGAAUACUUAACUCAAGAAACUCUACCAGCUUGUGGAAAAGAAAUUAACAUUCCAAAGGAGUCCUCUCUUUAUGUCCCUGAUACACAUCAGAGCUCUUUUCAUGUUGGUAAGGGGGAAGAAAAGAUGGAAAUAGAUAAUGAAAAUGUGGGUAACCAGAAAGACCCAACCUCCAGCUCAUCCCCUGUCCUUAAGGAAAACUCCAAACUAUCUGGUGAGGAUAGAAAGGACAGUGCAGUUAGUGGGUCAAAACAUUUGGCAUUGAAUUCAUCAAGCAGAAAAUGUUUAAAUCUGGACAGUAGACAAGACACUGAAUAUAAUGACGUUCUCGGCCUAAUUACUUUUUCGCAAUUGUUUCUGAAUCAAGAUGAUGAAAGAUUACCAUCUGGCUUAGACAUUCUAAACUCCCAGGUGAACAGAACUUCAUGUUUAGACCCAUUGAGGAACUGUACUGAGACAAAAGGAGAGACAGAGCCAAAUCAAGAAAACCAAAGUGCAUUAAACACAUUUAAAGAAGCGCAAAAUGAACAUGAUGAACUUUUUUUACAUCUGAAGGAAAACAUGAGUAAAUUAAAAAUCUAUGUGACUGAAAUGGGAAAGAAAAUUCCAGUUCCUGAUCAGUGUGUCAUUGAAGAUACUUUUAAAACCUGUGUAGCAAAACUGUUCUUCAGCUGUCCCAUGAAGGCUCAUUACUGUCUGUACAGUAAAUCCAGUUUUAUACUCAUCAGCCGACAUCCACAGAUAUGGAUACACAUUAUGUUUCUCUUUCAACAGAGUUUGUUUUCUGAGCCAUUGUCUACACAGACUACUUCAAUGCAAGUGCUGAAAACACUCUGGGAAAAAACCCAACUGAAGGGAACACAGAGCUUCGAAGCAUCCAUAACCCAGUCUCUUUUUCCUCACAAAAAGGAUCUGGAUCUUAUACAUACGCAUCUGGAAGAAGUGAGGUUUUUUGAUCUUUUUGGAUAUAGUGAGGAAACCGGGUCAUGGCUGUGUUUUAUGUGCAACAAUCCAGAGAAGGCCACAGUCUUGAAUCAAGAGGGCCAACCUCUGAUUGAAGGGAGACUAAAGGAGAAGCAGGUCCGGUGGAAGUUUAUCAAGAGAUGGAAAACGCGCUAUUUCACUCUGGCAGGAAAUCAGCUUCUAUUUCGCAAAGGAAAAUGUAAGGAUGAUCCUGACGAUUGUCCUAUUGAGUUAAGCAAAGUUCAGAGUGUCAAAGCUGUAGCUAAGAAACGACGGGAUCGGAGUCUACCUCGGGCUUUUGAGAUCUUCACUGAUAAUAAAACUUAUGUCUUCAAGGCAAAAGAUGAGAAGAAUGCAGAAGAGUGGCUGCAAUGCAUCAAUGUGGCUGUUGCACAAGCAAAAGAGCGAGAGAGUAGAGAAGCUACCACAUAUUUGUAAUUUUAUACUCAGUAAGGAAACCAGUUCUCCAUGUAUUUUACCAAAAUCUAGCAUAAUGUUGUAACAGAUGAAUGCUUUUACGUUCCAAGUUACUGAUAAUGUCAGAUUAUUUGAUUACAGGGCAUCAAUGAUUUCUGCACUAAUUUAUGUUGCACAUUAUCAAGUUAAUUCUCAUCAAUUUAAGUGCACCAAUAUACAGGUUUCUAAAUGUUAUAUUUAAGAAUAUGCAUCAUACUAAUUCUCUAUUGAUCCCAUCUUUGCCUUUGCCAUUCUCUAUGUAUUGGUGCUAUGUGGACUUUGUUGCAUUUAACCAAAGUCUUAGGCAGCUAAAUUUGCUCAGUCCAGUUUUCAAAAUAUAAAGUGUGGAAACUGUUUCUUCCUGUCCUGCAUGGUAAUUUGUUUUUUUAAGUCUAUAGCCCUCCUCAAAUGAACCUGCCACUUAAAGGAGUAGUCCAGUGGUGACUCAGUGGUUUACAACUUAUCCCCUAUCUUAAGGAUAGGGGAUAAGUUGCAGA